AAGAGAGUAUCGUUUUGUGUAUAUAUGUAAGAGGAAAAGGGGUCUUUUUCUUCAACCUCUGCUGAAGACCCAUUGAAAGAAGCGGAGAAUUUUAUUGUUUCAACUCUCCUGCUUCUGAGCUACUCGCCGUCGUUGGGGUUCAGUACUGCGCCUUUUGUCUGUGCAGAGUGGCUGCAUUAAACAGAGGAGCUUGUACUCAGAGAUUCGUAGCGGAGAUCUUUAAUUCGUACAUCUCCGCAGCUACUUCAAUCCGAAAUAGAAAUAGAGACAUAAAGAACAAGAAUUUGGUCGUCGCCUAUAGAGCAAAACAAAGACAACAAUGUUGCCUCAGAAGCAAGCAGAGGAAGCAAUAGUGGUGUCCAGCUUCACCGAAGCAGAGCAUGAUCAAGGCAAGGAAGCAGAAGACACCCAACUUGAAAAUGAGUCCAUAAUUGGCGUCAAGAGCCUCCUCUGGCAUGGUGGCUCUGCUUGGGACGCCUGGUUCAGCUGUGCUUCCAAUCAAGUGGCACAAGUGUUGUUGACACUGCCUUACUCUUUCUCCCAACUGGGUAUGCUAUCAGGGAUCAUACUGCAAAUCUUCUAUGGCCUAUUGGGAAGCUGGACAGCCUACCUGAUUAGUGUCCUGUAUGUUGAAUACAGAAGCAGAAAAGAGAAAGAGAACGUUAGCUUCAAGAAUCAUGUCAUACAGUGGUUUGAAGUACUAGAUGGGUUGUUGGGUCCAUACUGGAAGGCAUUGGGUCUAGCCUUCAACUGUACUUUCCUCCUCUUUGGAUCUGUAAUUCAACUAAUAGCCUGUGCUAGUAACAUUUACUACAUCAAUGAUAACUUGGACAAGAGGACAUGGACAUAUAUCUUUGGAGCCUGCUGUGCCACAACAGUGUUCAUUCCUUCCUUUCAUAAUUACCGUAUUUGGUCAUUCCUGGGCCUUGGAAUGACCACUUACACUGCUUGGUACUUGACCAUAGCCGCCGCUGUUCAUGGACAGGCUGAAGGAGUCGUACACUCUGGACCAAAAAAGCUGGUUCUGUACUUUACCGGCGCCACCAAUAUACUCUACACAUUCGGUGGACACGCCGUCACUGUGGAAAUUAUGCAUGCCAUGUGGAAGCCCCAAAAGUUCAAGUACAUAUACUUGAUGGCUACACUCUAUGUUUUCACACUAACGCUUCCGUCGGCUGCUUCCGUUUACUGGGCGUUUGGGGAUGAGUUGCUCAACCAUUCAAACGCCUUCUCCCUCCUUCCCAAGUCACGCUGGCGUGACGCCGCCGUUAUCUUAAUGCUCAUCCACCAGUUUAUUACAUUUGGGUUUGCAUGUACACCUCUGUACUUUGUGUGGGAGAAGGUGAUUGGAAUGCAUGACACAAAGAGCAUAUGUUUAAGAGCACUAGCAAGGCUGCCUGUGGUGAUUCCAAUAUGGUUCUUGGCCAUUAUCUUCCCAUUCUUUGGGCCUAUAAAUUCUGCUGUUGGUGCUCUUUUGGUUAGCUUCACUGUCUACAUUAUCCCAUCCCUAGCACAUAUGCUCACCUACAGAAAAGCAUCUGCUAGACAGAACGCUGCAGAGAAGCCGCCUCCAUUUUUACCGAGCUGGACAGCCAUGUACGUGGUUAACAUAUUUGUGGUGGUUUGGGUGUUUGUGGUUGGUUUUGGGUUCGGGGGAUGGGCCAGCAUGACCAACUUUGUGAGGCAAGUGAACACUUUUGGGCUCUUCGCUAAGUGCUAUCAAUGCAAGCCACCGACACCGCCAGGAACCGCACCACCUCUGCAUCACUGAUGAGUGCCGAGCCUAAUCUCAAAAAGAGCUAGCCCACAUAGUUAAGCUGAACCCAGUCUCAUUUUUUGUAUCAUACAUGGGGAUGUGAUCAUGUGUGUUUGAUUUCCUUCUAUCUUUUUUUUAAAUAUAUAUUUUAUAUGUUAAAUUCAGUUUUUUUAAUUUUAUUUUAUAAAAUAGUGUGUUGAAGUUGUGAUGAUUCCUUUGCUGUAAAAAAAGUAUAGGCUAAUGAAAUCAAAUACAUAUAUAUGUUUUAGGGUUUUUAUUUUCUCCA